AAACAGUGGCCAAAGUAUGACUAAAACCAAAGUCCAUUUUUGUUGAGUGAACAGCGAUCAACAUCAGCAUGUCUGGGUCAGUCAGCAUGGAGGUGUGUCCCCCUCCCUCAGGCCUUGAAGCAGAGUAUGAGACACUUUUCACCACUGAUUCUCUCCUCUUCCUUCAUGAGCUGAUCUCCACAUUUAAUGAGGAGGUGGAUCAGUUCCUGUGGUUGAGAGUUUCCAGGAAGGCCCACUUGGAGCUUUCAGGGGACCUGCCCAGCUUCCUGGAACACACCACACAUAUCAGGAAAGACCCGAACUGGAGGGUGCUCCCUGUUCCCCCUAGACUCCAGAGAAGACAUGUGGAUAUUGGGGAUAUGGCCCCCUGCGACACCCAGCGAUUCGUCAAAGCUCUCAAGUCACCAGCACAAGGCAUACAGGUUGAUUUUGACGAUGGGAACUGUCCUACGUACUACAACCAGAUCAGAGGCAUUCACAAUGUUGUCAAGGCAGUGCACAACCAAUUUCCCAAUGUUCCACACAUAUCUCAGGCUCCAGUGCUGAUGCUGCGGCCCCGUGCUUGGAACAUGGUGGAGCACAACAUGAUGGUGGAGGGCAAGGAGGCCCCUGGUCCUCUCUUUGACUUUGGACUGCUUAUGUUUCACUGUGGAAAGACGCUGUUUGACAAUAAGAGUGGACCCUUUUUCUACCUAUCGAAAGUGGAGAGCUUUAUGGAGGCCAGACUAUGGAACAAGAUAUUUGUCUGGACACAACAGAAGCUAAGCCUUCCACUGGGCAGCAUCAAGGCAACGGUGCUAAUUGAAAAUGUACUGGCAGCGUUUGAGAUGGAGGAGAUUCUCUAUGAGCUGCGGGACCAUUCAGCAGGACUCAACUGUGGCAUCUGGGAUUAUUCAGCCUCCAUCAUCAAUAAGUUUGGACACCGGCCGGCCUUCAUGCUGCCUGACCGCAGUAAAUAUGUCGACAUAGAGAAACACUUUCUGCGUAGCUACAUGGACCUGUUGGUUCAGACGUGCCACCGGCGGGGAGCAAUGGCCACAGGAGGCAUGUCUGCUAAGCUUCUACCUCGGGACACGCUCGGUGAACCCUACAGGACAAUGUUGGCAUCUGUCACCAGACUGAAGUUGCUGGAAAUCAAGGCAGGUGUGGAUGGUUUCAUGGUUUAUGACCUGAGCUUGAUCGAACCCAUGCAGGAACUCUUCAAACUUCACACUGAAGGUGAUAAUCAACUUCAGCAGCUUCGACAUGAUGUGUCCGUGAGUCCUGAAGACCUGCUGUCCAUGCCAUCGGGAGGAGUCACCCUUCAUGGUUUGAAGUACAACAUUGCAGUCGGUGUCCUCUUUAUUAAAUCUUGGCUGUCAGGUGAAGGCGUAUUUUUCUACAGAGGCAAUGUUGAAGAUUCAGCCACAGCAGAGAUUUCCAGAUCACAGGUGUGGCAAUGGAUCCGUCAUCAGGCUCAGGUGGAGGACGGUAGCAGGGUGAGCAGGCGGCUGGUUGUUGACCUUACAAAGGAGGUCAUGGUCGAGCUCAACAGCUUGUGUCAAUCUGUCAGGGCGAAGCAGAGGCUAAACAUUGCCGCAGACAUGUUCCUGGAGGUGGUCCUCAAGAGAGAUUUCCCAGAGUUCAUCACUACCUAUCUGAAUCAGGACCACACCUUCCUCAGCUCUCGGAGCUCUGGGCGGGCGGAGGCCCUGGACAAACAUGUGCACCGUUCCAACCUCUGACAUUCCGGCUGGAACCUAGAGAGCCUAGGCUUAGGGGUUAUGCUUUGUGAAAUGUGUAAUGCCAUCUGUAGUGGCAGAACUAAGUGACGGCAGCAAGCGUGUAAGGUUAAGUUUCAGAAGAUUCUGAUUUCACUGUCUGUUCGUUAACCAGCCUUCAUUUUACUGUAUGUUGCAUGAAAAUGUUUUUCCAAAUUCAAAUUAUACUUUAUGAUUAUUAUUUUUUGAUGACAUGGCCUUUAAUUAAACCUUACUGUUUUUCUGCG